AUGGAUAAUCGAAACCUUUGGAUUGAAUUCGCGUCUCAUCCCGGCGUUGUACAGGGAGGAUUACGCGCAGCAAGCAACCUAACCCGACGCCAACUCUUCAACAUUCUCAACAUUGCAUUCCGACCAAGCGGUGGAUUUGACAUAUCUCGACGCGGCUCAACGACUCCUUUGCCUGUGACAGACGACCUUAUUGAGCCUGGGCAUUACAUUUUAUCUUCAACUAUACCAGGCGAGGAUGUUACCCCCAGUGAUGAGCAAUACUACCGGCGGACGCUUUCACUUUCCGAUACAGGUAGAGAUGAGACUUUCCGACACGACGUUAGGCAGCGAGACGGCCGCUGUGUUAUCACUGGUCGGGUGAAUCAUAAUGCUGGCGUGGGUCUGUGGCGCGGGUUCGAGGCUGCCCAUGUAUUUCCGCUAGCUUUAUCGAUGAUAUUCUCAAGCUGCGCGUUUUCGAACGGUAUCACGGAUAGUAGGGGAAUUAACUCCCCUAACAACGGGCUUCUGCUCCGGUCAGAUAUUCAUCAGAUGUGGGAUGGGUAUGAGUUUGCUAUCAAUCCCGACGACGACUAUCGCGUUUACAGCUUUUCUGCAAACACGACCGAGUACCAUGGAACUGUUCUCAAUGAUGUCUGUCGCCAGCCAGAAGACGCUCACAGAGUAUAUGAUGUUUUAUUACGUUGGCAUUUUGAGCAGGCGGUGCUUGGCAACGUUCGUGGUGCGGGUGAGCUAGGGUUUAACUUUGAUUUCCCCCCUGGGACAGACAUGAUGGGAGAGAUACGUGAGGGACCUUUUGCUACGGAGAGAAUGGAAGCAGAGCUUUUUGGACGACUGUAUGGUUAUCAUCAGAGCGAAGCCGUUUGA